AGUGAAGAGGUUAAUGUCAAAUAAUUAAAACUGAGGAUGGCUUGUCUUCAAUUAUUGGGUUUUAUUGGAAUGCUAUAUGUUUUUAUUACUUAUGUACCAUGCGUAAAAUCUACAACCAAUAGUGUCCAGAUUAGUCUUAUAGAUAACAAUAAGGCUCCGCUAGUUGCAAUGAUUGAUACAGCAAGUUUAAACAAAAACAUGAAGACCUAUAUUAACCAAGUUAUAUUACAAAGUCUUGGAAAUUCCGUCAGGGAAACAGUUCAAGCUAUUAUCAAAGAAGAAUUCAAAAACCUCAUCUCUAAUAUCAGUGUGUCAUCCUCUGGAACAGGAUCUAAUCAAACCCGUAACCCUGAUUGGACUCCAGUUUUUAUUGCCUGUCCAGGAAACAAGCGUUCAGUAUAUAGAUCCUGGUUAACUCCUGCUCCGUUCGAUGACCCUCUUGAAAUAUCUCACAAAACCUGUGAAAAAGAUCAUAAAAGAAGAAAUAUUAUUGAUCGAUGGAAUUGGGAUGAUGAAGAUCUUAUUGAACAGGUUCGGGUCGAUCUUUAUAAAGAUUCACAUGUAGAUGCUAUGUUUUUAUUUGAUGGAAAAGGUUCAACAAGUGUCAGCUGGUUUUCAAAGGAAAGACUUCUACAAAGUACAUACAAGGACUUGUCUCGGACUGGAACGAUUAAUUACUUCUCAAUUGAAGGGUUGCACACUGCUGAUCGCCAUUUUUACAUUAACAGUCACCAUGGUGGUUGUCCAAACGAUUUCGGAUGGUUGCAGAUAAUAGAUUCCCGGCUUAGAUUUGGCACAACGGGUGGCUGUACGUUUGAUCAUUUAUAUGGACGGGAGUAUCCAUAUUUCAUGUAUGGUACAAGAAACAAAGCUUGUCAUUAUGAUAAGGAAGGUGAAUGUGGAUUUGCUGACAUGAUGGUUAUAUCCGUUAAAAGAAUAUAGUGAUGAAUAAGAGAUACGAAAACGAACAACAACAUGUUAUCUGACAUUGUUAAAUACACAUAAUAAAAGUAUAGAUGCAAUGUUA